UCAGUCAAUUCAAAAUAACUGGAGACAGAAAGCAACAAAAGCCAUGGGCUUUAACGCAGAGACUGCUGAUAGUUCUGGAUCUGUCGUUUGGGUCUUUGGCUAUGGGUCUUUGCUGUGGAAGACAAACUUUCCCUACAAGAGAAAAGUCAUCGGGUUUGUCAAAGGAUACGACAGGAGAUUCUGGCAGGCCAGCGUCAAACACAGGGGAACAACUGAAAUGCCCGGCCGUGUUGUUACUCUAGUCAAGAACAAUGAAGGUGUUACAUGGGGCAUAGCUUUUGAGGUAAAGCCAUCGGAUGUACCCGAGGUAAUAGCAUAUCUCGAUAAGAGAGAGUGUGGUGGUUAUACAACACAAGAGGUUACCUUUCAUCCACACGAUCCAUCACAUAGAGAACCCUUCAAAGUAUUGGUAUACAUUGCCACCGAAAGCAAUCCAAACUAUCUUGGACCACAGACUAUAGAGUCGUUGGCAACAAGAAUAGUAAUGAGUACAGGAGAGAGUGGCCCUAAUACAGAGUAUGUCCUUGAGCUGGCUAAGUCAAUGAAAGAGAUAGCCCCACAUGUUCCCGAUGAGCAUUUGUAUGGCUUGAGCGAAAAGGUCAAGAGUCUUUUAAGGACUUAAGAAGAAACUUAAACACAACUACAUGUAUUAUAAUUCUAGAUUUUAUCACAUAAGUUUUGAUGUUCAUUUUCAUAUCAUUACAUAUUGUAAAAUUAUAUAUAUUUUUUUACUUUAAGAAAUAUCACAGUGUCUUACGUAUGCUAAAAA